AUGGACUCCCAUAACAAAUCGUUCCAGCUUAAUACGGGGGCAAGGAUUCCGGCAGUUGGGUUCGGAACAUGGCAAGCGGCGCCGGGAGAGGCAGGAAGAGCGGUUCAGACCGCCGUCAAGGCUGGCUAUCGACAUCUAGACUGUGCGCCAUUAUAUUGGAACGAGAAGGAGAUUGGCCAGGCACUCACAGAAGUCCUAGAAGAGACUUCCAUCCCACGUUCAGACCUUUUCAUCACCACUAAGCUCUGGUCGUCGCAGCAUUCGCAAGUUGAAGCGGCUCUCCGGAAAUCGCUCGCAGACCUCCAGCUGGAGUAUGUCGACCUGUACCUCAUGCAUUGGCCAGUAUCCCUGCCUCCAAACGAUGCAAGCGCACCGAACUUCGGAAAGGAAGACCGGACGGUGCAUGCAUCGGACUGGGACUUCGCGAAGACGUGGGUGGAGAUGGAGAAGCUGAUCGACUCAGGUCUAGCGAAAGCCAUUGGCGUUGCAAACUUCUCCACUGUGAACCUUGCAAGGCUCCUGAAGACGGCAAAGGUCAUUCCAGCCGUCAACCAGACGGAAUUGCAUCCACUAUUACCCCAAGACAAACUUAACCGGUAUUGUAAAGAACACGGUAUGCACCAGACGGCAUUCGGACCGCUGGGCGGCAAGGGAUCGACCCUUCACACGCAUCCAGUCGUGUUAAAGAUUGCAGAGGACAAGGAAGGCACUUCGGCGCAGGUUCUGCUAUCGUGGGGCGUGAGUCGCGGGUGGAGCGUGAUCCCGAAGAGCGUGACCGAGGAAAGGAUCAAGGCGAACCUGCGCAUUUUUCAGUUGAGUGAGGCGGAGAUUGCGAGCCUCAAUCAGCUGGAAAAAACGGAAGGGAGGAGGUUCAACAGGCCGAAUUGGGGUACGACUAUCUUCCAUGAUGAUGGCGAGAGUGUUGCUUGA